ACCCAAGCCACGGCGAUCCUCUGAGCAGGUAGUGUUGUCGGUUUCUAUCUGUCAAGAAAAUAGGAUGUUUUAGCUGGUUCUACAAAACGUGCACCCCAGCUCAGAGUGAUGCUCCCCUCUCAUCUGUGCUGCUGACAGAACUACACGCUGGUGCUGAAUGAUGACAUCACCAUCUCCCACACUCAGUGACAGUAGCGGCUCCUCCAAACAUGAUAGUAACCAGGACAGCUGGGAGAUUGUGGAGGGCCUCCGGGGGGCGCCUUCCAGUAUUCAGGAGCCUGACAGACAACAAGGCUUCCUGCUCAAGAAGAGGAAGUGGCCCAUGAAAGGGUGGCACAAGAGAUACUUUAUGCUCGAGAAGGGCAUCAUGAAGUACGCCAAACGUGAGGGAGAUAUAAAGAAGGGGAAGCUCCAUGGCUCCAUAGAUGUGGGUCUGUCUGUUAUGUCCAUCAAAAAGAAAGCCAUGUGCAUCGAUCUGGACACAGAGGACAACAUCUACCACCUCAAGGUGAAGUCCCCUGAGCUGUUUGAGGAGUGGGUGUCCAAGCUGCGUAACCAUCGAGUGUUUAGGCAGAACGAGAUUGCUACGAAUCCAGAGAGACACCUGUUCCAUCACCCCGCAGCCUCCUCCCCCUCCCUCAAUGACUCCAUCAGACGGCCGGCUACUCUGACCAAGCAAGCCUCCCUUCACCAGGCCAAAGUCAGCUCAUGGCUCCACUCCACUGAGGACAUGGACAAGUGCUGCAAAGAACUGGAGGAGGCGGAGUCCUACCUACUAGAGCUGAACCUACUCUUGAAGAGCAUGGAGGUCAUGCACCGAACUUACUCGGCUCCAGCCAUCACUGCACUACAGCAUGUUCCUUCAUAUGACAUUCCCAAGAAAGAGAAAAGACCCAGAAGAUGGCUCUCUAAAAACAACGGCAAAGAAGCUAAAGCCACACUACAGGUUCCCAGCUGUAUCUCUUCCAACUCUCCACGGCUCCAUGCAUCCAAUCCAAACCUGUCCUCAAGUGAGACGCCAGCCCAGGAGCCCGGCCCUGAAUCCCCCGACUCCCCCACUCCAGUGUCCCUGCUGCAGGAGGACUUCUGCAGGCUGGCCAACAACAUCUACUCCAACCUGAAGUCUGCCUACACCACGCUGUUGUCUGAGAGGGAGCAUCUGAGGAACACCAUCAACCUGCAGGCCCCGUCCCCACCGCAGGUCAUAGGGCUUAAGGCGGCCUACGCGUCUGAGUGUGCUGUGAGCCCCCAUUCACUGGUGCACCAGACCUCCAACGAGAGCAGAGCCUCCAUCCCAGAGUCCAUCUCCGAAUUCUUCGACGCCCAGGAAUAUCUACUGUCCUCCUCCUCUUCAGAAAACGAGGUGUCGGAUGAUGAUGACUCCUACAUCAGUGAUGUCAGCGAUACCGUCUCCAUGGAUACAUGCGACGGCACCACCCACAGGCACAACUCUGUGUCCAGUGGGGCCCUGGUUCGGCGGCGUUCCACACUUCCCUCCCCCUGCCCGAGCAGCAGUGUGUCCGUGUGGAACAUCCUCCGGAACAACAUUGGGAAGGACCUGUCUAAGGUGGCUAUGCCUGUGCAGCUCAACGAGCCUCUCAACACCCUACAGAGGCUGACUGAAGAGCUGGAGUACUGUGAGCUGCUGGACACGGCCAACCAGACCCACGACCCCUACCAGCGCAUGGUGUAUGUGGCUGCGUUUGCCAUCUCUGCAUACGCGUGCACGUACCACAGAGCAGGCAGUAAGCCCUUUAACCCUGUGCUAGGAGAGACCUAUGAGUGUGACCGGCCUGACAAAGGCUUCAGGUUCAUAGCUGAGCAGGUGAGUCACCACCCUCCUGUGUCUGCUUGCCACACAGAUUCAAGAAACUUCACCUUUUGGCAAGAUAUGCGGUGGAAAAAUAAAUUCUGGGGCAAGUCGAUGGAGAUUGUUCCCAUGGGAACCACUCAUGUGACCUUACCAGAGUUUGGAGACCACUAUGAGUGGAACAAGGUGACCUCAUGUAUCCACAACAUUCUGAGCGGCCAGCGUUGGAUCGAGCACUACGGAGAAAUGACCAUCAGAAACAAUAACAGCAAUGAGUGCCAGUGCAAAGUCACCUUUGUCAAGGCUCGGUCGUGGAGCUCCAUAGUGAACGAGGUGGAGGCGGUGGUCACAGACUCCACUGGGGCUGUGGUCACCACUAUCUUUGGGAAGUGGAACGAGGCUCUGUAUCAGGGCAGUCCUCCCUCUGCCACCUGCCUGUGGAGAGCCAACCCAAUGCCCGAGGAGCAUGAGCAGUACUACGGCUUCACUCAAUUCGCUGUGGAGCUAAACGAGCUGGACCCCGCUCUCAAACCUCUGCUGCCCCCUACUGACACGCGCUUCAGGCCGGACCAGAGGCUGCUGGAGGAGGGGAACACAGAAGGUGCUGAGGAGCAAAAGCAGAGGAUAGAGCAGCUGCAGAGGGAAAGGAGGAAAGUGCUCCAAGACAACAAUAUGAAGCACCAGCCACGAUUCUUCAAGAAGAGCAGGAAUGACACGUGGGUUAGCAACAACUCGUACUGGGAGCAGAGGCGAGAGCCUGGCUUCAGUAAGAUAGACUUCCCCGUGCUAUGGUGACCCCCACCCCCUAAGGAGUACCAAUGGAAAGACCCCCUACCCCCUAAGGAGUACCUAGGGAGAGACCUUCCCCCACACUCAGGAGUACCUCAGGAGUACCUCAGGAGUUAUGGACCUAAUCUAAAGAACUGGACGUAUUUGGACUGGUGUAGAUGAGAGCCUGAGAACAUGUCAGUUUAGUCUUUAGUGGUAAAUUUGUUUGUCUUCUUAACUUAAAGGACACAUAUUAUGCACAUUUGACUUUUUUGACCUUUUAACCAUGUUAUAUUGUUGUCCCCUCAUCAAAAACCUACCUGGAAUUGUAUUUUACUUAAUUCACAUUUGUUUCAUCAGUCCAUUAAUCCAAAAUCGUCUUUUCUGAACACUCAAAUAUACUGUUCGUAUUUUACCUGGAUUGUUGUGUCACAGGUAAAAAACCCCAAAAAAACCCAAAUCCUGUGCAGGUUUUAAGCCCAGUGGACUCAUUCUGUGGUCAAGUUGUGUUCACAAAGAGCACAUGGCUCUAUGGUGCUCCAAAGUGACUGCACAUCCGCUAGUUCUGGAGGGAAAUUUCCCAUUCAUUUUUGAACCUGUUAUGGAUAUUAGUGACCACAGCUGACAGUAUCCACGAUGUCUUUGAGCUCUUAAUUUUUAAAUUUUGGAUUAGGAAAUUUACUUCUGGACCCAGAGCAGACGUCGAAGUGGGCGGGACUGUUGAGCCUCAUUAGCAUAGCUUUCACAGCAGAUAAGGACCUAAUUUAUUUUCUGAUCAUUCAUUCCCAAUGCUGACAGCUCUAAUGCCCAAAUCACUCAUUAAAAACAGAGCUGUAGUCUACAAAUUGUGUUUUUCACAUGCAGAUAUUACUUUAAAUUAGAAAAUGUGAAAUACUUAUUCCAAGGUGACCAAAAGCAUUUUAAAAGGAAAGUAAAGCCACAGUAAUGCAUAAUAUGUGUUCUUAUAAAAAGACUGCCUGUUUUCCAAGCAUUUUCCUAAGUGCCUUUUGCCGUGGCUGUAGCAGUGCACAGCAUCCAUGAUGUCCACAUGGGUAUUACAAAUAUUUGGGUAUUUGCUUUUUCCACAUUCUGUACUUUUGAAUGCAGACUUUGCUGUAUUUACUGCCUCUCUAUAAUCCUGGGUUUAAAUGAAUAUUAUCCAAAUAACUGCAGAGAAUAAAUUGUUCUAUGGAUGGACCAGGA